CAAACCCAACCUAUCCCCCUCCAACCCUCCAUAUAAAUACUCACUAUCAUCACAAUCGCACCUAGGUUUUAGCUUCCUUCUCCGCUGGCAUUUCCGUGAGUUCAUCAAACCGUCUCUCUACUCCGUUGAAAAUGGUGAAGGGUCGUCAAGGCGAGCGUAUCAGACUCUACGUCAGGGGAACUAUUCUCGGUUACAAGAGGUCGAAGUCGAACCAGUAUCCAAACACCUCUUUGAUUCAGAUCGAAGGUGUUAACACAAAGGAGGAGGUAGCAUGGUACCAGGGAAAGCGUAUGGCGUACAUCUACAAGGCCAAGGUCAAGAAGGAUGGUUCACACUAUCGCUGCAUUUGGGGAAAGGUCAUUAGGCCUCAUGGUAACAGUGGUGUCGUGAGAGCUAAGUUCAAGUCCAAUCUGCCCCCCAAAUCCAUGGGAGCUAGGGUUAGGGUGUUCAUGUACCCAAGCAACAUCUGA